AUGAUAAAUGACUUGGCUGUAGUGGAUGAAACUGUUAAAUUUGUCGAUGAUACCAGCCUUUGGGAAAUAAUAUCAAACAAUUCCCCUUCCCAGUUACCCGCUAACAUCAUCAGCUGCUCUGAAUGGUCAUCAGACAAUAAUAUGAAGUUAAACGUAUCAAAGACCAAAGAAUUGCGUGUCUGCUUUUCUAAGCUUACUCCAUCGUUUGCCCCUAUUAACAUUCGCGGUCAAGAGGUCGACGUCGUUUCCGAGGCCAAACUAUUGGGCGUUGUCCUUUCGGACGACCUCAGAUGGAACUGCCAUAUUGACUACAUUUGCAAGAAAGCCGCGAAGCGUUUGUACGGUCUGCGCCUUCUUAAAAGAAAUGCUUUACCUUCUCAUAUUCUGAUCUCAACCUAUUGUACACAUAUUCGACCAAUUGUCGAAUAUGCUUGUCAGGUGUGGCAUUAUGGCCUUCCUCAUUACCUGAGUGACCAAGUUGAAAAAAUACAAAAAAGGGCAUUAAAAAUUAUUUUCCCUGGAACUAUCUAUGCUGAAUGUUUGCUUAAAGCUAACUUGAUGACUCUUUACGAACGUAGAACUGUCCAUUGCAAGCGACUUUUCUCGAAGAUGUUGGAACCGACUCAUAAACUGAAUGCCUUAGUACCGCCUAAAAGUCUUCAAACUUAUAAUCUGAGGUCUUAUCCCAACUUAUUAGUACCUAGGUGUAGAACUGAACGUUUUUCGAACAGUUUUAUUCCUGCUGCGUCUCGUGCUUAUAAUAAUAAGUAAACUUUAGAUUAUUAUCGUUAUUUUUAUCUAACUUACCUAUUUUUACCUGUAAAUAUAGAAUAGAUUAAAUACCUAUGUUCUUAUACCCUGUAAUUCCAAAGUAAUUCAGUUGUUACUGCUAGUUUGGAAAUUUAUAAUAAUAAUAAUAAUUUAUAUGGCACAGAAAUGCCAACUUGGAAAGUAAAAUAGUGGUGUUUAUGGACAACUGAGAUAUGCUAUAACAUAAAAGUAUGUCUUUUGAAUGUAAAAGACCCAACAAAUAUCACAUCCAAAAUGUUUUGUAAUCUCUUUACAAAAUAUAACCAAAAUGGGUAAAAUAUUAGCUAUAUUCGCCAUUUUUGGAUAAGCGGUCAUAUUAAAUGGGGCCAAAAAACAGCAUUUUGGAUGUGAAUUUAACUUUUUUGUUAUUUUUAGGUUAAAGAAAGAUAAAACUUAGUAAAAAUAAAACUUAUAGGAUAAUAGCAGUUAAUCGACAGAAUUUCUGAGGGGUGCGCCCUAUCAGCGCACCCCCGGUCAUAUCAACAUGAAAAACCCCCGGUACAAAUAGGGUUAAGCAUGUGGGUUUCAUUGAAUAGUUGCAUGUUUAUAAUGUUUUAUGUCUAUGAAAGUAAUAUUCACUAUUAAACAUAAAACUCGUCCAAAAUUUGGAAAUGUCCAAAGAAAAUUGGGCAUUUCCAAAGUGAACAAUUUUAAAGAUUUUUUCUGUAUUUUGCGGAAAUUUUAAUUUUUUUCCGAAAAAUCACGAGUUUUUACUAGAGAAUGCUGAAAGAAGUCAAACUCGUCACAUUUUCGAUUAGAAAACAUGAUAUGUGCGGAAAAGGUUUGAAACCAAAGUACAAAUAAUAUUCCUAAAAUUGGUUCCCCUCCAGACUGGCUGAUUUUCUGGAUGCAUAUAUAACAUAAAUUGGUUGAUUUUGUGUCCACUGAUUUUUCUGCCGCCGAAAACAACAACAUGACCAGAAAAAGUACAUAUAAACCACACGUAAUUGAUUUAAUAAUAUCAAUAUGCGUAAUGUUUACAAAGCGAAAGUAUUUUCCCAAAAACCCUAUUAUAACGAAGAAUUCAAGCAACCUAAAAUGGAUAAAUAGUGCAAGCCAUGCAUUUUAAGAAGGUUCAGAAUUUCUGAACCCUGCAUCUCUAAAUGAAAACUAAAAAAUUAGCUGAUAUGGCAGAUAAAAAUUCACAAAGAAGGUUUGGAAAUUCUAACCUUCCUUUGGUACAGAUAUGAACAAAAGAGGGUCAGAAUUUCUGAACCUUUUAUAACAGUAAUUCCGCAAUAUCGCACUGUCUCAAAAUGCAAAGCUACAAACAUGAAAGGUACAUAAUUUCUGACACCCCAUUGAACAAGUGUAUCGAAAUAGUGAAAUAUGCACAUCGAAAUAGCGAAAUGUGCAAACGUUUAAAACGUUUGCAUAUUUGACUAUUUCGAUAGACUUGUUCAUUGAGGUGUUUCGAAAUUCUGAACCUUUUAUGCUAUGGCUUUGCAUUCUGAGUGAGAUAUUGCGGAAUUAUUACUGUCAUACAAGGUUUAGAAAUUCUGACCCUGCUUUGUUGAUAUAUGUAACAAAGGAGGGUCAGAAUAUCUAAACCUUCUUUGUGAAUUUUUAUCUGCCAUAUCUGCUAAUUUUCUAGUUUUCAAGUUUUCAAUUAGCAUUUAGUACAUUUUAGGUACUUAGUUAAUAUUGUAAUAAAAUUCUAAUUAUUAUAAUCUAGUUAUCUUAAUCAGAACAAGCCGAUGCAUGGCGAUGUCACUUUUAACCCUUCCAGAACUACCUCGUAUAUAAAGUUCCUCGUUUGCUAUAUGCUCACUUGUGUCAUUUAUGAUAACGUCCCUCAAACGAUAAAACUGAUAUCGUUACGCCCCUCAUAUGAUAUCUUAUAUUUAUAUUUACGUUACAGGAUACAUGCUCGUGCAAUUUCUAGCAAAAAUUUUAGGACCAGUCAACUAGCACAUUUACAAGAAAUUUCGGGUUCUAUUGUUCCUAAUUUUGGAAUAAAUUAACUCAAUUCAAUAUGGAGUUUUGGUAAUUCGCAUAAGGUCGGCAGCACUUGAUAGGCAGAAACUAGAUGGGCUAGAUAGUUGAAAUUCGCAAGUACACAUGUAACUAUGAAUUGCCACGAGCUACACUUGCAGUCAAAGACAAUUCUCAUUGGAUUAUUUCAAAUGAUAUAUGUAGCAGCAAUGAAUUGGAAUAUAUCAGCAGAGUAUAUUUUCAGCAAACUGAAAUUUUAUUAAGUCAAUUUAUCGCUGAUCUAAAGCUUUAUAAUUUUAUAUACGGCAAAUGGAUUUAAUAGAAUUGCAAUUGGCAGAAACGAUACAUUAUAUCCAUUGCGAUAAAUAACAUUUCAAAUGAUCCAAUUGACAAAUCAUCUUCACAGUAAGAGUGCACGUGCAACACAUGAAAAUUUAAACUUCAAUGUGUCCGAAUUUUUACAUUUAAUUACUGCUCUUUCCAGAAUAUUGGAAAAGUCGCGGGAAAAAUUACGACACCGUUCAUAUUGAAUAAUAGUAAUGUAAUAAAAAUCCGUGGUCAUGCACCAAAGUCCAAACCCGGUGACGUAGUCUAGAUUUCUAGCUAAGGGGGGUGGGGGAGAGUGGGCGGCUGCGAAAACAUCAAGGAAUGCCCGAAGCAAAUUUACCCAGCGACACUUCGAAUAUAGUGUGUAAUUAUCUGAAGGUGUAUUUGGAGGUGUUUGGGAUACGCCCCCAUCUAGUGGCUAGUGCGUAGAGAGCUAUAAAUCUAGUGGCCGUGCGUAGAGAGCUAUUUCAACAUCAUUUUGGGACCACCAAUUUUUUAUUGAGUUUUAAUAGUGUGAUUUUGAAUAAAUAUUUAACAUACAACAACUGUACUUUAUCGCAAAACCAAUCAAAACGUUUAGAAGAUAGGUCAGUUCGGCUUUAGAGGCGGUAGAGGGGUGGGGGGGGGGUCAGCCAUUUUGUCUGGAGGGGGCGUAGGCGCCGCUCUGGCUACUUUGGACGCGGGCUCAACGUCAGGCUAGCCAGAGUCACCCCGAAAGUUAAUGGUUUAACACUUGUACGACAAUACGAUUUUGAUUUUCUUGAUAUGAAGAUCAUGAUGUUUGUGGUUUUUACCACUCAUCGCGAAAGGUUUUUUUCCACUCAUCGCGGAAACAGCUCGCAGCGAGCUUGCGAGUCCUCGUAAGGUCGCAGGUCAAUUUCCAUCCUUCAACAUCUCGCGUGACUAAUUUACGUCUUUGCUAAACGACGUCUGCUUACUUUAUUUAAGGCGACGUAUGAGAAGAAGUCUCAAGUAUGUGAAACGUUUUUGGAUUCUCCCGAUAUUCUGUAAGAGAAAACAACUCGGGGAGUUCUAUGAACUGGUGAUGGGAAUGAAAAAAGAAGGAAGACCUAAUUGUCGGACCAAACGCACGAAACGCUUACAUCAUUCUCCUCCUAUAAACACGUUUCCUCUCGCUUCUAUAAACAUGUUUCCUUCCUCAUUCGCCGCCAUUUUGCACUUUCUGUUCACCUUAGUCACGUGAUAUUUUUGAACGAAUUCCAUUGUCUUCUUUGUUCAAAAUAUUCUGCAAGUUUCUCGCUGAUACUCGCUGCGAGCUGUUUUUGCGAUGAGUGGAAAAGAGCCUUUUCUCUGAGUGUGCAUCCACACCGGGCAAGCUGAAAUUCUUGCCUGACCACGGUGGGAGUCGAACCUGCAACCUUUGGAUUACUAGUCCAGUGCUCUACCAACUGAGCUAUACGAGGUCAACUCGGUUCGAGUUGGUGAUAUUUCGGAACUGAGAUAUGAUACAUUGUGUGUGUGUUGGUGUUAUGUACACUAAUAAUGCAUUUGAAAACUAGAUUUGAGAAAUACCAUGUCCAUUUAAUACAUUUUUUCUGUUAAAGGGAUAUGGCAAUAUAAAUUAAGUUUGUAGGCGUAUUUGAAAGAACAUUUAAAAUGAUAUAAAAAACUUCUGUUAGAAUUAUUCCGUAUCUUGCCUGGUUUUCGAAAUAAAUCGACUUAUUUUAAUCAAAAGCAGUGUGUAUUCGGCUAUCUAAUUGGAUAUGCAUUCGAUAUGCAACACGUCACAAGUAGGGUAAAGGACGAAAUUUCUAUCUUGCAAAACCAGUGAAACCACUUGUCAUUAUCAAUAUAAAACUCGAUUUUCCGAAUUCUUUGUUAGUCCUCAAUUAACUCGCAACAUUUUAAGAAACUGUUCGAAGAAAUUUAGUCCCACAUGAAGAAGUUUUAACAAGUUUACCGGGCUUGUGACGUCACCAAAAUUUCAGUUAAUUAGGUCAAUUAUAAUACCAAGAUGGCGGACUCCACAAUGUUUUUGGUCAAAAUAUUUCGAAAACCAAGCAAGGUACGAAAAAGUUGUAAAAGGUCUUUAUAUAUAACUUUAAACACUCUUUCAAAUAAGACAAAGUUCAUUUAUCUUGCCACAUCCCUUUAAAGGUGAUCUACAGUCCGUAUGUAAACAAUGCCUUUAUUUACAUUUUUGUAUCCAAAAUAUUGAGCUUUAUUCGACAACUAUUUAUAUUUUCAAGCUUCUAGAGUAUAAUAAAUGAUCAAGAAACAACAAUCAGGCUUUUCAAGAACUCAAAACAUAACUAAACUGUUUGUAUCAUAAAAAGUGGGCUCAUUUGUGCACAUGCGCAGAUCGGACUGUAGAUCACCUUUAAAUAUACUUUAUUUUUUUUAGAUAAAAGGUAACCAGAACGGUUUCCAAGCAUCUGUAACCACCGUCAACAUUUAUGAUGUGAGAUAUUUCAAAAUAGAAUCAACAAAGAAGACAGAUUUUUGUGUAAGGAUAGAGCUCUGUGGAGAGGGUAAGGCUUUAUUCUUGUUGAUUAUUACAUGGUUUCUUUAAAUGAUAUUAAAUUAACAUAUUUAGUCCAAAAAAGACGACGAUUAGAUUUGCUGUACUGAUUCGCUUUAUCUAGAAGCUAUCAUUAGACUGACGAAAUAAUAAUGCUUUUCUUGACAAUAUGUUUUAGUUCAUUUUUUGAUGGGCUGCUCGAUUGUUUCGGGUCAGGUCCAUCUAAAUUAAAGAAAAAAUCUUUGUGUCUGAAAGUGCAUAGUGGAAUUGAUUACAAUGGUUUAAUUUAUAGUCCAAUCGCCAGUGGUAGAAAACAUUAUUAUAAAGCCAUCAAAUUUCUCUACUCAUCUCGUGUGGAAAGCUGUGCCAGCAGGAUAUAAUACUGCCAUUAAUAUCACACACUUCUUGAUCUAUCUCAAUGGCAAAUUACUGCAGAAACUAUCUCAAGAAGAACAUGGAAACCAGUUCACAAUUGAAGGAAUUAAACCGUACACUAUGUACACAGUUGGGAUCGAGGCACAAGAUUAUUAUUUGGUGAAAAGCAAGAGAACUUCAAAAACUUUCAACACCAAAGAAGCAGGUAAACUUGUACAAAAGAUACUAUACUUCAGGCAUCAAAAGAUCUGGAAUUUUGUGCGACAAAAUAGGACCCACGCGCCAGCAAUUUUAUUGACAUUUUCCACGUUUAAAUUAACAACAUUUUUAAUAUUUUCUAAAAUUUGUAAAAUAUAGCUAUAUGUAAUCGUGAUUAUAUGUACAUGGCAUGGUGCAUAGUAUCACCAUUUACGUAUACUACACAGAAAAAAAACAUUUUUUUCAGAAAAUUUUGGCGUGAGAGAAUACUGAGAAACUUUUCUUCAGAAAAUUCCGUAAGAAAAUAUCUUUUAAAACAAGAAAUGUUUUCUAAAUUAAGUUUUUCUUAAUAAGAAAAUGAUUUUUUGCUGUGAUAGGUACAUUUCAUUUGUUCUUGCUGUUAUACUGUACAUAGUAGUACGGUAUAUAGAAGGCAUGCAUGCAACAUCACAUCAGGAAAUAAUUUUAUUGUAUGUUUAAUUUCAGUCCCCAGCGGACCUCCAUUAAAUGUGACUUUAAAAUCCAGCGGUAAAGACACACUAGACGUGUCCUGGAACGUUCCUGAUGAAAGAUUGUGGAAUGGUGAACUGACAGGAUAUAAAGUUUGCUUUUAUAGCAGAGACACUGCUGAAGAAUGCUUGGAGCUUCAAGGAACUAGCAUCCUGUCACAAACAAUCUCUAAUCUUCAACCUUCCACAAAAUAUUUUGUUACUGUCUCAUCCCGGACAAGAAUUAGUUAUGGAAACAAGAGCUUGGCAGUCAGUAAAAUAACAAACGGAGGUAAAAUACAGUUCCGGUAUUUUUAUUGAAGCAAUUAGUACUAUUUACAACAUGAGCAGCCGUGUUGUAUCGGAUAUACAAACUCAAGCCGAAGGCGGGAGUUUGUAUAUCCGAUACAACACGGACGCAAAUGUUGUAAAUGGCUUAAAAACGACUCAUCUUAUGAGUUCCUUGGCGAAGUAAUUUUAAAUAUAAACGUUGUCUAAGGCCUAUUUUGUACGUCGAAUUUCGGUUGCAUCGAAUGCAAUUAACUCAAACAAUAGAUAAUGAAGCUUAAUGAGGUUUAUCAUCUCAUUAUCUAUUGUCUUAAUUGUAUACAACGCGACCAAAAUUCGACGUAUAAAACGGGCCUAAGCCGGGCAAAUCAAAGUUAAAGUUUAUGUAAAUGAACAUGAAUCUGUGUCACAUAUACAGAUUCCUUCACGCCCGUGAUUUCUUUUGAAUUUCCUUCAUGAAUUAUUAAUGAGUUUUUUGAUAGUAUAAAGAGAACGCGGAUGUUACAGAAAACUUUAAAAUGAAACAACUCAUAUUAUAUGAUAACUACAGUGGAACACGCAAUUUUAUUGAUCAAUAGCCGUGCAGGAUCAGGCUAUCCUUCACAAGGAAUUAAAAUAAUUUAUGGCUUCGCGGGAUUUUCGCGGGUUUUUAUCAAAAUGUCAUUGUUUCACUGUAGUUAUUUUUUGAAACAAUUACGAAAUGGUUUUCCAAGUAUGAUAGCGAUGAUGUUGCUCGACUUUUCUAAAGCGUAAAAAUACACUCGCCUGCGGAUCGAGUAUUUUUACGCUUUCGGAAUGUCUCGCGACUGAUCCCUCGUGCAUGGAUAGCGCAACCCUGCACGGAAAACCAUGCAUCUGGUAUUCCUUCAAAUAAUAUAUUCAUGCAAAUUAAAAGAUAGGCAGAAGCAAAUUCAUAGUCAUUUGAACUUAUUAAACACAUCCAAAGUAAGUUACUUGCUCGUUUCAAUGACAACAUGUACGACUAAACAUCUUAAUAAUUAUACAACUUUCCAACUGUCAAAAGUCAAAACUAAAAUGAAAAUAUUUCUUGUUUAGGCGCUUGGCACCUACUUUUUUGGAGUUGAAUGGCGGGAAUUCACUUCUCCUGCGGUGGAGCAUAGCCCCCAGAACUUCCGAAAAGUCCAAAUUUCCGACCCCUUCAAAACUUAAUCGGGUUAAAAUAUCAGACAAAUUGUCUAUUUCUUACAAUGAACCGGGGCGUCCCACUUUACUGAAAUUUUCGCCAUGGGACUUUUUUUGCAUUAUAUUAUUAGUACUCUAGCUUUUCUAUAAUCAGGAUCAACUGGUCUUUUAUGAGUAUUAUUAGUUUAAAAAUUAUGUAUCCAAACUUUUAGCGUUUACUUUCUGGGUUUUAGAUAACUUCAUUUUUAUUUUUAGAGGCGGUGAAUCCUAUCGUGAUGUCUUAUUCAAGUCUAAGCGUAAGCAUAACAAAACAAGCGACGUAUAUUAAGUAAGUAUUGGGGCAUUCGCUUUAAUAUUUAACAAUCAUACCACUCUACUACGACUUGCAUAUGAACUGAUAGACGACGAGAUGCAUAGCACUGAGUUUGUUUUAAAUUGCUUCAAAAACAAUCAAUCUGGUAAGUUCAUUGGCGAAGUAAUUUUCCAAAAAUAUGUUCUGUACUGUAAGUCGAUAAAAUCAAAGUUAAAGUUUAUGUAAACCAAAGGAAAUCUUUAUCACAUAUAAAGAUACGACACGCCUAUGAUUUUUCCUUUCGUUUUCCUCAUGCAUUAUGAAUGAGUGUUUGAAUGCUAUAUACAGUAUAUAUAAUUUAUUUUCGGUAAUUUUGACAAAUGUUCUUAUUAAUUAAGAGAAAUAAUGGUCGUCGUUAAACGUGCCAGAAAUAGUUCAAAACUAAGCGAAGACAUUCAAACUGACGCACUCAAACCAGAUCGGACAUGCAACAUAAAGGAUCCAUAUGUUACUGCCUAUUUGAAUCCUGAUCUUCUUCCUUUGACAUUUGUGAUUGGUGAUGGCAAAGAGUAUCAUUCUGAAACAGAAAAAUACUUCAACCAACCUCUACAAGAGAAUUCAAAUUAUGUCGUGUUCCUAAGGUUUUUUGAAAGCAAGGUAAUUAAAUUCGAUGCUUUCUGGAAUUCGAAUUUGUAUUUCUUAGUUCCAACGGUAAAAUACAAUGAAUGUAUAUUUUCGUCUAGGACUCGUACUACUCAACAGGGUGGAGUAACAGUGUUAUUACGAUGGUAAGAUUUCCAGGUAAAUGGCUCUUAUAAUUUAAAUUGAUUCAAUUCAUAACUUUCAGUUCAUUAUCUUCUUAUUGGCACUAGCACGAUUUCGAGUGCAAUUUGCAUAAAACAUGCUAGUGAGUUUUUCAAUCGGACUAUUAAUUGAAUAGCGCGAGUCCGAGAGGCAAGUGCUAUAUUUGAGGCCAUAAAAUAGCUCACUGGAGUGGUUCUUUUAUCAAAAAUGAGUACUGGGAGAACAUGCUAUACAAGUGCCUGCUUCGAACUCCCCUAAGACGCUGAAAAUGUCUUGUUUUGUUGUUGGAAAACGAAGUCAACAUUUUGCCCUGUCAUUCACCUAAAAGGACUUAUUAAAUACUCAAAUGGUGUUUUCUGUUCAUGAUGCACUAAAAGUCCCUGAAAAGUACAAUUCUAUAGACAUAGCGGUCAAGAAGAACGCCAAAUGUAUUUUUCUUUGCUCAAACUCGUUUCCAGGGUUAUCUCGUGUGCCUAAUAUCCAAUCAAAAUGCUUUUAAAAUUUUCAUGUGUAAUUAUUUGAAAACAAAACAAUUAUAAUUUUGUCGUCAUGCAAACCCUAAAUUUCUGCACUUUUAUAGUGGAGUGCGUUCGUGAUGAUAAUAAAACUCUUGAGCAAUCAUCGAAGGAAAAGAUCCCCAUUGGUGUCCUUAUACCACCACUUGUGUCCAUAUGUUUUCUCCUCUCGCUUGGUGUGAUCAUAUACCAACGUCGUCUUAUCCAAAAUAUCAAUAGACAGGCAACCCGUAAAGUCCAGACAGUAACAAUGAAAGAAAAUACACUGACUAACAACACUGAACCUGUAUAUGAAAUGCCGACCGAGGUUUUGGAAUAUAAUAAAAGAAAUGAAACAGGAGCUAAACCAGAGAUUUUUCCACCUCUUGACAAUGGAGACAUAAUAGAGAUUUAUACAGUCCAAGAACCUUCGAUAUUUGAAAAUGGAGACAGUUUAGAGAAUUCAAGCACAAUUCAGGAACCUUCGGCGUUUGAGACUGGAGAUAGACAAGAGAUUUGUACAAUUCGGCAACCCUCGGAGUUUGACACUACGGAUAAAUCGCAGAUAUCUACACCCCAAAAACCUUCGGAAUACGUGUCGUUGAAUGGCAACAAAGAUCCUGUGAGGGUUUAUCAGUCGGCAAAGCUCUCUGGCGUAAGUGUUCAUCCACGCCAUUCAAAGAGAAGCCGUGAUCAGGCUUCGAUCCUCAUGUCCUUGAAAGACAACCGAGAACGUGGGAACACUUUUCAGCCGCUGCAAUCCCUUACCAAGAGUACUAAUCCAAAUCAUAUGGAGGAGGGUAAUCAGCUUCAGCAGACAUUAAUGAAAUAUGAAAAUCCAGUAUUCGAUCCAUUUUUUUGUGGUAACUAG